CCCUGAGUCUGGAGCAGCAGCAGCAGCAGCAGCAGUGGAGCUUCACUGCCUCUCCUCGCCUCACAGUGCGGGAAUAUACCAGCGGAGAGCAGAAUGGAUACGGAAGGGAGCCAGAGCAGCCUGUCCUCCAGCACGGACAACUCCCCCCACGACCCCUGCAAAAUGUUCAUCGGGGGUCUGAGUUGGCAGACAACACAAGAAGGCUUGAAGGAGUACUUCUGCAAAUUUGGCGAGGUGAAGGAGUGCAUGGUGAUGCGGGAUCCCGUUACCAAGCGGUCGAGGGGGUUCGGCUUUGUAACAUACGCAGAACAAGCCGGUGUGGAAAAGGUUUUGGCGCAAAACAGACACGAGCUGGAUUCUAAAACGAUCGACCCAAAGGUGGCAUUUCCCCGCCGGGCUCAGCCUAAGCUGGUGACCAGGACAAAGAAGAUCUUUGUUGGGGGGCUGUCAGUCAAUACCACAAUCGAAGAUGUGAAGCAAUACUUCGACCAGUUUGGAAAGGUCGAUGAUGCCAUGCUCAUGUUUGACAAAACAACCAACAGACACAGAGGUUUUGGUUUUGUUACCUUUGAGAAUGAAGAUGUGGUCGAGAAAGUGUGUGAGAUCCACUUCCAUGAGAUCAACAACAAAAUGGUGGAGUGCAAGAAAGCUCAGCCCAAGGAGGUGAUGACGCCGACGGGCUCAGCCAGAGGCCGUUCCAGAGUCAUGCCUUAUGGGAUGGACGCUUUCAUGCUGGGCAUUGGAAUGUUAGGUUACCCAGGUUUUCAGACUGCUACCUACACCAGCCGCAGUUACUCUGGUAUCGCGCCCGGAUACACCUACCAGUUCCCUGAAUUCCAUUUAGAGAGGACCCCCCUCCUGACAUCAUCCCAUCCCCCUGAGCUGGCAGCCAUUCCCCUGACUGCAUAUGGACCAAUGGCAGCAGCUGCAGCAGCCGCUGCGGUAGUCAGAGGCUCCACCCCUUCACGCACAGCUGGCUUCCUGGGCACUAGCAGCCCAGGACCAAUGGCUGACCUGUAUGCCGCAGCUAAUCAGGACUCAGGAGUCAGCAGCUACAUCAGUGCAGCUAGCCCCGCCCCCAGCACAGGGUUCAGUCAUGGUCUAGGGGGUCCUCUGAUUGCUACUGCCUUCACUAAUGGCUACCACUGAGAAGACUCAGGUCACCGAGGAUGGGAGGGCGUCGCCCCUGCUGAUGAGCCAAUCACAAUGCUGGCUGCCCAUUGAUGGCACAACCUGAUUGGCCGGCCACAGGCUCUACUGGGCACUCCUGGCUCCACGUGGUUCCACCCACCGACUGAAUAUCUUUUUAAAUCCAGAACUCUCGUUUUGCUGUACUAAUCUCACUUCAACAUAACUUCCCCGUUUCUCCUCUUUUGUCCUCAUGUAGUGUAAUAACUAGAGCCCCCCCGUCCCCCCCAGUUAUCCAUUUUUUUUCUUUUGAAGCUGAGAAAAAGAAACUGCAAAAAAAAAAAAAAAAA